AUGACUAUCCAGGGGCUUAUGGGAAAAUACCCAAGGGAAUUCGUCCCAGGGAGACAUCCCGGGAGGAGGCUUAGGGCGGUAGAUCAAUCACUCGAAACUCGACCUGGUCCGGUUGAAGAACUGGAUGGCCUCGAGGCCUGCGUUGGAGAGUUGGAAAAUGAGCUCGGGCAGUUGGAGGAAGAGAUCAGCGGCACCACUGACACCAACGCCAAGGUGAAGCAACUCGAAGACAACACAAAGAGUUUCAGGCAAAUACUACACCACACGCAAGCCAAUGACAGCCAACAGCGUCAAGUUGCUGUGGCCGAGCAUGUCCAAGCAGUGUUUGAGCUUCUGUUGCCCUUCAAACGGACACAUGCGACUGUGAAGCUACCGUACAGCAACUGGAAGGAGCCUCGCCACCAUUUUCCAGUCACCUUAGGUCCCGGUAACUUGACGGACAGUGUCGCCUCUUUGCGAUGUGGCCAGUCACCGCUCCCACCCCAAGCCAUCGCUCCGUACACGAACAAGGCUAAGCAAGCAAUGCUUUCAGCCACCGAGUUAUACCAUGAAAGUCCUCUCGAGCUGUCAAUACCCGAUAGCCGCACGCGAGUCGAGUUUGAACAAGCCCUAGACAUGCUUGGAAAGGUCAGCGUCGGCCACCCCAUCUCAGCGAGAGAUGCCCGCGAGAUGGGCCCAAUCCAAGGGCCCACAGACACUUUCAUUCUGUGCUCCAGCCCUGAAGCACGAGAUAUUCUUCGCAAUGGGCCCCCAAACUUGCCGAUGCUGAUCAUCGAUGAUGAAAGCAAGCAAGCCGCGUUCAACCAUUGA